UCUGAACAGCAGCCUCUGGGUAAUUGCUAUGGCAAUUAAAAACGAGAGCACUCCAUAAGCACUAGGUGGCUAGCUGACUCGCGCUAUAAGUGAUCGUGAUCGAACGGGAGACGUAGCCCCAGGCCCUCCAAUCAUAGCAGUGCCCGGAUUGGGAUGGGUUGAGCACUCGUGAGAAAGAGAACGCCAAGGAUCCCGCUUCGUAUUUGCCCCCAGAGUGUGGAGUGGCUGCUAAGCCGGGGCAAUCGACAGCUCGUGUUCCGCUGGGCUUCAUUGUGAUGGAGAGGAGAUGGGAAACAUCGCAGCACUAUUUGCCUCUGCGUCGCAGUGCGACCCCCUCCAAAUAUAAGAAGGAGGUUGUCUACGCCGUGAGGACGGGACUGUUCUAGGUAGGUAUCUUGCCAUCAAGACUGAAAACGACAACACCGCUACCACAACUUCGGAAAGUCUAGAAUCUCUCAAGCAACUCUUAACUGAACCUUCACCAUGCGCUUUGUGAGCACUGUUUUGGGUCUCGGGCUCGUUGCCCAAGCCUGGGCGCACCCUGUGGAGGAGCCCUCGCCGCCUGUCCAAGUAGCACAUAUGACCUUCCACGGCGGGCCGGCCUCGUACGAGCUCGAGGUGCCAGCCGACGGCACGGUGGUCUACACUGAGAACGACCUCAUCAUCAGCAUCAUCGACACGCCGGACUACAACGCCAUCUCGCAGUGCACGUUCAACACCGCCGGCGAGAAGACGCUCGUGAACAGCAUCGACACCCGGACGGGCCUCCAGUCCAUCAUCGUCGGCCCGCCCCAGCCCAUCAUCAGCGUCAGCUGCGUCGGCACCUGCGUGCCCGUGUACGGGAUCUGCUUCAACAACGGCCAGUACGUCGGACCCUGCUGCAACGGCUUCUGCGCGGCUACGCGCUGCCGCCCCUGGAACACGGGUUCGUCGUAGGUUUCCGCUUAUGAAAGCGGUGUAAUGGAAGGGGGUGGGAGUUUGGGUUGUCCGGAAUAAGACCUGGGUAGGGUUUGGAGUGUGCGCAUGUUCAAUAAUGGUCUAUUUGAUGAAUGAUGUGACGACGAGUCGACGAAUACCGAUGGGGAAAUAGCAUAUGUUUAAAAGUAAUCAGGAUAAUAAAUACGCUCUUUAAUAUCUACUCAGCGUGUGCCAGUUUGGGGAUAAUAAUAGAGCUUCGUGCUAGUGACAAUCUCAAGCCUUGUACCAGUUCGUAGUUGUCAGUAUCGAAAUAUUUCUCGUGGCUUUAUUAGAUGUAUUAGGUAGAUAGCUCCGUAAA